GAAUAUUGAGGGUUAGUAAUUAAUGACAGAAUUUUCAUUUUUGGGUGAACUAACCCUUUAAAUGAGCAUCUAAGCUGUGUUAGUUUGGGUUUAUGGAUGCUAAUCUUCAGUUGAUACAUGAAAGGGGAUUCAACUAUUUCAGAGGCAACUGAAAGACCUUUGGAUACAAAUGCCAAGAUCAUUUCACCUAAAACUGCUGUUUGUAUAGAAAACAAGCAAGGUGUAAGACUGUGCUAAUUGCACAGCCUGGGAAAUUCACUUCGGCUUUGCAAUUUUCACUGGAAACCAGAGGAAGUUAAGUCAAUCUGCAAGGCUUUUGUAAAGGAAACAAAGACUGCCAGUUUCAAGUCCUACGUAUGUGCGUGUGUCUUUGACAGAUACUAUUUCAUACAAUGGCGGGACAUUGGAUUUCUCUGGAAUGCAGUCUCGCUUCGUUUUCCUCUUUACACAAUUCCUGCCACAGAUUGGUACCAAACUGAACAUGCUACAUAACAGUCAUACCUGUACCACUAGCACCUGUUUCAGCCUUAUUGUAUUUAUGUGCGAGUGGGUGGAUGUGUAUGUGCGUGCAUGGGAGAGCGAGAGAGAGAGAGAGCCAGUGUUGUGUGUGGGAACAGUUUCAGAUCUAACUGUGUAGAGCUGGAUUCUACGCAGGAAUGUACAAAAAGACUGGAUUGAUUCUGCUGCAUAGUUUCACAAAAACUGAUCGAACGUUUGACACCUUAAGCCAUGUAAGCAAAAUAUGACUUAGGAGGAGCGUGUUCAGAGGACUUUGUGAAGUGGAAAGGCUGUUUUUGGGAACCUAUAAGGGUGUACGAAUUUGGCUCGGAGUCAAGCAGGUCUUGCAGCAAAGCAGGAAACGACACUGGAUCGACUGGACUGAGAGCCUCAUGUUUUCAUAGCGCCGAAACUCCACGCUUGUUUUGGGCGUUGAAGAAAACACGUGGGAGAAAUAUACAUAUAUAUAGAGGAGUCCGAGGACAUGGAGCGACGCUUUUAAACUGUCCGUCAUGGAGGUGGCAAACGAAGAAGCAGCCAGUAAAGUCUACGCAGUUUUAAUGGAGCCCGAGUCCGAGACCGUGAACCGUUUGAGGACAAAGUACCAGUCACUGCGGCGACAGGUGUGUUUAAUCCAGUCCAUCAGCGUGUUCCUCUGCUUCAGCUGCUGCCUGUUCACGCUCCUGUAUCACGCGUUCCCGCAGACCUGCACGGAAAAUGGAACUAAGGAGACAUCUAAAUUUGAAAUGCAGCAUCAAGAUUUUGAAUCGCAAAGCAGAGAAGAAACGAACCCGACACAAAGAGUGACAUCUUUCAUUCGCCUGACAGUUAAAAAUGAUGUCAAUUUCACGAAAGACGGAUUUGUGCCAUGGAUGGAUACACCAGAGUAUUCGUCACCAAGCCAUACCAGAUACUUCAUCUUGGAAGAAGAUAAUGAAUCUCUGAAAGUCCUUCAUGACGGAACAUACAAGGUUUCUUUGCAGAUUACGUACAGAAAAUUAAGUGAAAAGCCAGAAAAAGAUGAAAUAUUUCUGCAACAUGAUAUUCGUCUUGAUACUGAUGGAUAUCCUCAUCCCCUGCCCCUGCUCACCCACUGCGAAACAGUGAACAUUACACACUGGAGGAAAAGUCUGUUUUCUGAAGGUAUUUUUUACUUCAAUUCUGGGGACAGACUCAAGGUGUGGUCCAAUAAUCUGAUCCUCAUUGAUGUUGGAGAAAAAUUUGUGCAAAAAACAGUCUUUGUGGUGUAUCCUCAUUUUACCCCGUGAGGAUACAGCGAAUACAAAAAACAUAAAGACAAUUACUUCUGUAGCUUUGAUUAAUGAUCAAAAGGGCUGCCAUGAAGUAUCAUAUUCAUCUGUCUGGGAUGACCCUGUCAUCUAAACCGAUUCUCCUGUCUGCAAAAUCUGAUCUAUUUAUGCUAUAAUCAGUAGCAUGGUCAUGUACAGAAGAAAACCCUUACCAAAAAAUACUGUGGUACAUUAAUGGUGUCAAAUGGUAAUACUAGAGUACUUUGAUGGAAACUAUGCUGGUGAAAUUCAUUCCCUCUAGUGUCGUUUUCAAGAAUAUCAUGGUAUUUCCAUGCUAUGUGUUAAACAACUUGCUAAUACCAUAGUAUUUUUUUGGUAUUUUCUUUUGUAAGAGAAGACUAUUCUGCUUCACAGCUAGGGACAAAACAGACAUUGGCUUGGGUUUUAAAAGCUACAUUUUGUUUAAGCACUACAACUGUGGAAAAAUUGUAAUUUUGUAAGUAAGUUUUAUUUUUGUUUCAUUUUGAUUGAAAUUGGUUAAAAAAAAAGGCUGAACCGUACUAUAUGCUAUAAUGUUUAUGCCAUUGUAAACAUAUAUGCUUGUGUAUGUAAUUAUUGAUCAAGGAUUUGGGCUGUUAAUGCAAAAUUUACAGGUUCGGUAACAUUACGAAGUGAAGAGAAUUAUCAAUACUCAAAAUCCUGUAUUGUGGUGCAUCAUGGGUUCUGUCAUUGGCAUUAGUAAGCUAUAAGUUACUUUGUAUUAAAAGGGAUUGCAAUCACAAAAUAUGACCUUAGUAAUAAUUUGCAUGAAAGAUCAUUUUAUGUAUUGGAAUACAUCUUCAUAAUUACAUUAUUUUGUUGAGCAUGAUCAAUAAAUACUAUUACAUAAAGCUG